UACUUCCGGCCACACAAAAAUAUUUAUCAUCGACGCAGGUGAUAGCUUAUUAUACAUUUAGUGCCAUAUGCAAUAGCCCAAUGGUUCACCAGUUCUCUGCAGUAAGGAGAGAGGAUAACUGGAUUUCUUCAGAAUCUUGUGUCUGAGGUUUCAGUUUCUCGUUGACGAUGCGUAAGGGAACAUUCGUGAUUCAUCCCGUCAGGCCAAGACAUUUUAUGACUAGAAAAUGGAUCUGCAGCUCAAAUACGUCUUUUAUUUGCUGAGAAGUAUCCCAAAAUAUAAACUGCGUACAAUUUAUUAGUAAUGAAAAAGCAUCAGUAAACUUUUAAAGGUUUUCAAUCCGAACUAUGUGUAUUAGUAUAUCAACAUGCAAUGUAUACUAGGUAAAUUUGCUGAAGGUUUUUACACUCACUUGUGUAAGAAUAAUUUACCUUUUAUUUCAUUUUGUAUUCAUAUUUUACUACAGCUUUUUCUCAUCAUAAACUAUUCUCAUGCUGGAAAUGUACAGCCUAAAAAAGAAAAAUAUCUCCCAGACUAUAAUGUUUAUCACAAUUUAUCAACCAUAAAGAGGACAGUAGAAGAUAUAGUUUUCAGAAAUUGGGAUUAUAUGAAACUUGACUAUACACAUCUCUCCAGAGAAGGCAGACCACAGCUACUGAUCAGAGUGACAAACUUCACGGGCAGCACUUCUUCUAAUAUUCAUGGCAGCACUAUACCAGCCACAAAACUUAAAGUUCUUCUUUCAUAUGGUGAACAUUCUAGAGAAUUUCUGCCAGUAGAAACCUUGUUUUAUUUUUUGAAGAGGUUAACAAAAGGUUUACGUGAACCUAAAGAUUCACCUGAGGAAACAUACUCCAGAUUUAUUUUAAGUCGAUUAGAUUUGUUUAUCAUAGUGAUGGUGAACCCAGAUGGCAGGAAUUAUGUGGAGAGGACGGGAAACUACUGCUGGCGUGGAACUAGCACAGGAGUAGAUCUGAACAGGAACUUUGACUGGAACUAUGGAGGGCCAGGGAGCAAGGCAGAAAAGGCAGAUGAAGAGUACAGGGGGGAGCAUGCAUUCUCAGAACCUGAAAGCCUUGUUUUCAAAGAACUUGUUUCAAGGUAUAGAUUCGAUGCUUUUGUCUCUUUUCACUCAGGAAUUCGGCAGAUUUAUGUGCCAUUUGCAGAUACAAGAUCCAAGUCCAUUCAUCGUUCACCAGAAAAUGUAGCUGCCAUGCUUCAGUUGGCUUCUAAACUCUCUCAUUCCACUGCGUACAAGUUUAUUUAUGGUGUGGCUAACAAGAUUAACCAAUAUACAGCAGAUGGCACAAUAUUUGACUACAUGGCAGGAGUCAAAAAAGUUCCUUUUUCCUUGGCAAUAGAGUUAUGGGGAGAGGGGGAUCAUAAAGGUGCACAGUGUUUUGAUCUUUUCAACCCACCUAGUCAUGCAUUACAGGAUGUUGUUGAAACCUUACAACCAAUGUACAAAGCUUUAUUUACAUAUUUAGUGGAUUGGAAAGAUAGGCAGAUGUCUCUGGAACUAGGAGUAGAGUUCCUUGCCCCAUCUCUCACACUUGGAUAUGUUCUCCUGGUCGCUGUGAUAAUAGUCACAUUCAUAGUGGCUGUGUACAACAGGUUACCACCGAGCCUGAGACUAGUUCCAAGACGACGAGUUGUCAGUCUGAAGACUUUAAGCUCAACAUUCACAUCUUUAAAGCUUACUUAAAAGUACUCAUUUUAAAAUCAUUCUAAGGGAGAAAUUGAAUUAAGUCAUAUAAGGACUGUACUAUGCACAUUAAACACUAAAAUGGAAAAUGUAUUUAACUUCAAAAACUCAAAUGUUAUUUUCAAAUUGGCAUUAAAAUUUCUUCCUAAUACAUAUUGCAAUGGUAUUUUAGUAGCUAUUUUGUUACACAGUGCAAUUAUGUUUAAGAGCCCACUACUCUAGUGGCUUUUGCUGUCAGUUUGUACAGCAUUUAAAACAUUGACAAAGCAUAUGUGGCAAAUACCUUGGUUGUAUAAAAGACUGCAAUAAUACACAAACACUGAAUUGUUCAAUAAAAUAUUUGCUCAAAACUU